AGUCGGCUGUGAAACACAACAUUUAACGAGAGAUCUGACGCUAACGACAAUAAGAUCCUGGUCUUCAAUAUUAUAUUGGACAUCUUACAUUAAGCUAUAAUAUAUCAAACCUGGGUGUCCAGAAGAAAGACAAAAAAGAAAGGAAAAUUAAAGAAACCUGCAUCAAAACAACAAAAAGUGAUUUCUGAAUCAGUUCACCUCAGCAAUGUGGUCACUACGGCUGUUCUUGUCUGUGGCAAUUCUAGAAGCACUGACAUAUGGUUUCAGUCGUGCUCCUAUUCCAAUGGCUGUGGUCAGAAGGGAACUAUCAUGUGAGAGCUAUCCAAUAGAACUUCGCUGUCCUGGAACAGAUGUGAUUAUGAUUGAAAGUGCCAACUAUGGAAGAACUGAUGAUAAAAUUUGUGAUUCUGAUCCUGCUCAGAUGGAAAAUACACGUUGCUAUCUACCAGAUGCCUAUAAAAUUAUGUCUCAGAGAUGCAAUAACCGUACUCAGUGUGCUGUUGUAGCUGGACCAGAUGUUUUCCCUGAUCCAUGUCCAGGAACUUACAAAUAUCUAGAAGUCCAAUAUGAAUGUGUUCCUUACAAAGUGGAACAAAGAGUUUUUCUCUGUCCUGGGUUACUUAAAGGAGUUUACCAGAGUGAACAUUUAUUUGAGUCUGAUCAUCAGUCUGGAGCUUGGUGCAAGGAUCCGCUGCAGGCAUCUGAUAAAAUAUACUAUAUGCCUUGGACACCUUAUAGAACCGAUACCUUAACAGAGUAUUCUUCAAAAGAUGACUUCAUUGCUGGACGACCAACUACGACAUAUAAACUUCCUCACAGAGUAGAUGGCACAGGAUUUGUUGUUUAUGAUGGUGCUCUAUUUUUUAACAAAGAAAGAACAAGGAACAUUGUAAAAUUUGACCUUAGGACAAGAAUAAAAAGUGGAGAGGCUAUUAUUGCUAAUGCCAAUUACCAUGAUACAUCUCCUUAUAGAUGGGGUGGUAAAUCUGACAUCGAUCUUGCAGUUGAUGAGAAUGGAUUGUGGGUAAUCUAUGCAACUGAGCAAAAUAAUGGUAAAAUUGUUGUCAGUCAGCUGAACCCUUACACUUUGAGAAUUGAAGGAACCUGGGACACAGCGUAUGAUAAGAGAUCAGCAUCUAAUGCAUUCAUGAUUUGUGGAAUACUGUAUGUUGUAAAAUCUGUUUACGAAGAUGAUGACAAUGAAGCAACAGGAAACAAGAUUGACUAUGUUUAUCACACUGACCAAAACAGAGAUGGUUAUGUUGAUAUACCUUUUCCAAAUUCAUAUCAAUAUAUUGCAGCAGUGGAUUAUAAUCCUCGGGAUAAUUUGCUGUAUGUUUGGAAUAACUAUCAUGUGGUAAAGUAUUCUUUGGAUUUUGGAACACUGGACGGUAAAUCUGGUUUCAUUUCCUAUAUUGCUCCUUCCAGUCGUCUAGAUUCCAAUAUAGAUAAACCUCCAUUAAGGGAAGCUAUACCAUCAAGAAUAUUUACUGCAUCAAGUACAACUGCAAUUACUACAAAUAGGAUUACGACUGAUACAGGGAGAACAACUGUUGUAACAUUAUCAAGCUACAGAAACAGAAGUGCUACUACAGUAUUUACUGAGAGUGAUAUCCCAUUUGAAGUUACUACACAGUCAGCUCCAGCUGCAUCUCAGCUUCCUGCUAUUGGCUCUGAAAGUUGUGAAGCAAUUGAAGCCCGUGAGAUCAUGUGGUUCAAGACUCGUCAAGGACAGACAGCCAAGCAGCCAUGUCCUUUAGGCACUGUGGGUGUGGCAACAUACAUUUGCAUCAUUCCUGAAGGCAUAUGGAAUCCUCUCGGUCCAGAUCUAAGCAACUGUUCAUCUCCAUGGAUCAAUCAUAUUGGACAAAAGUUAAAGUCACUGGAAACUGCUGCCAACAUUGCUCGGGAGCUUGCAGAGUAUACAAAAGGACAUCUCAAUGCCGGGGAUAUUACAUAUUCUGUUCAUGCAAUGGGUCAAUUGGUUGAUUUACUGGAUGUUCAGCUACGAAACUUAACUCCAGGUGGGAAAGACAGUGCAGCACGAAGUUUAAAUAAGCUUCAGAAAAGAGAGCGUUCUUGCAGAGCAUAUGUCCAGGCAAUGGUUGAGACCGUUAAUAAUCUUCUUCAGCCACAAGCUCAAAAUGCAUGGCAAGACUUGACUGUAACUGACCAACUGCGUGCUGCAACAAUGUUACUUGACACCGUUGAAGAAGGAGCUUUUGUGUUAGCAGAUAACCUGCUGAAAACAGACAUUGUGAGAGAGAGCACUGAUAAUAUUCAACUUGAAGUUGCAAGACUAAGUACAGAUGUGAAUUUGGAAGACUUGAAAUUUCCACAGAGUCCAGCCCAUGGAAGUUCUGUACAGCUUUCAUCAAAUACACUUAGACAAAAUGGAAAAAACGGAGAGAUAAGAGUUGUUUUUGUCCUGUACAACAACCUUGGUCGCUAUUUGUCCACGGAUAAUGCCACCAUGAAAUUAGGAAUGGAAGCUUUAACCACCAAUCACUCUGUCAUUGUCAAUUCCCCUGUCAUCACUGCAGCAGUUUAUAAAGAAUCAAGCAGCAAGGUCUACUUAGCUGACCCAGUGGUGUUUACUGUUAAACACAUUAAGCAAUCAGAUGACAAUUUUAAUCCAAACUGUUCAUUCUGGAGUUAUUCAAAAAACAACAUGUCUGGACAUUGGUCAACACAAGGGUGUAGACUUCUGACAACGAACAAGACUCACACAGUAUGCUCUUGUAAUCAUUUAACCAACUUUGCUAUACUCAUGGCUCAUGUUGAUGUUAAGCGCAAUGACAUGGUUCAUGAUCUCCUUUUGGAUGUUAUUACAUGGGUUGGAAUCCUACUUUCCCUUGUUUGUCUGUUGAUAUGCAUCUUCACAUUCUGUUUUUUCCGUGGACUGCAAAGCGAUCGUAACACAAUUCACAAGAAUCUCUGUAUAAGCCUCUUUGUGGCAGAAUUGCUUUUUCUAAUAGGAAUCAACCGCACUGAACAGCCGAUUGCAUGUGCAGUUUUUGCUGCACUUCUCCAUUUCUUCUUCUUGGCGGCCUUUACUUGGAUGUUUCUAGAAGGCGUUCAACUUUACAUCAUGCUCAUUGAGGUGUUUGAAAGUGAGCACUCAAAAAGAAAGUAUUUUUAUUUGGUGGGCUAUGGAAUACCUGCUCUGAUUGUAUCCGUGUCUGCAGCAGUAGAUUACAGAAGUUAUGGAACAGAUAAAGUAUGCUGGCUGCGCCUUGACACCUAUUUUAUUUGGAGCUUCAUAGGACCAGCGACCCUAAUAAUCAUGCUUAAUGUAAUCUUUCUUGGGAUUGCACUCUUUAAAAUGUUUCAUCAUACUGCCAUACUGAAACCUGAAGCUGGCUGCCUUGACAAUAUCAAAUCAUGGGUUAUAGGGGCCAUUGCUCUUCUCUGCCUACUGGGACUAACUUGGGCUUUUGGCCUCAUGUACAUUAAUGAAAGCACAGUCAUUAUGGCCUACCUCUUUACUAUUUUCAAUUCUCUGCAGGGAAUGUUUAUAUUCAUUUUCCAUUGUGUCCUUCAAAAGAAGGUGCGAAAAGAGUAUGGGAGAUGUUUACGUGCACAGUGCUGUAGUGGCAAAAGUACAGAAAAUUCAGUUGUUUCAGGGAAAACAUCCAGUUCUCGUGCACCUAGCCGAUAUUCUACUGGCUCACAGAGUCGAAUUAGAAGAAUGUGGAACGAUACCGUUCGAAAGCAGUCUGAGUCUUCCUUUAUUACUGGAGAAAUAAAUAGUUCAGCUUCUCUAAACAGAGGAGCCAUGGCUAACCAUCUUAUAACCAAUGCUCUACUUCGUCCUCAUGGCACUAACAAUCCUUAUAAUACAUUGCUCGGGGAAUCAGCGGUCUAUAACAACCCUUCUGUCAGCAUGUACAACGCACAAGAGGCACAUCUGAAUAAUACCAGGGAUACAAAUGUCAUGGAUACUCUACCACUGAAUGGUAACCAUAAUAACAGCUAUAGCAUCGCAAGAGGGGAAUACCUAAGCGACUGUGUACAAAUAAUUGAAAGUGGUUUUAAACAAAAAGAUAAAAACUUGGAGAAAAAGAUUCUAAAGGAACUUACAUCAAGAUAUGUACCUUCUUAUAAGAACAACCAUGAAGCAUCUUACGAACAGAACAGAAAUUUGAUGAACAAACUUGUAAGCAACACAAAUAAAAUAAACAAGGAUAAUGUUAUUGUUCUUGAUGAUACCACCUCUUUUAGUCAUGAUGAAAGUCUAGGCCUAGAACUAAUAUAUGAAGAAUCUGAUGCUCCCUUGCUGCCAACACAAGUCUACAAGGCAGAUAACCACUACCCUCAUCAUUUUAACGGGAAAUGGAUUCCCUUACUAACUAAAGAGCACACUGAAUUUCAGGCACCGAAAAGGGAUUCUCUUUACACCAGUAUGCCUACAUUGAUUGGCUUGGCUAUGACAGAAAACCUAAAUAACAGUAGCCAGACUGAUUCCCCACCAGCCAAUGAUGCAGAAGAUGUUUACUAUAAAAGUAUGCCAAAUUUGGGCACACAAAACCACAUCCAUCAGCUUCUUACUUACUAUCCACUAGGCCAAGGAAGCAGUGAAGGAAUUACAAUCACACCAAGCAAAGAUGGAACUCCAUGUGAAGAAAACAGCAAAGGAACUACUCAUCUAGUAACAAGCCUAUAGAAAAAACACAAAUGCGUGAAAAGAGCUUUGAAAUUGGGUUUAGCUUUUGGAUUCAAAAGGAGCAGUGAUAUAUGUGUCCCUAAAUCUUCAUGCUGUCCCAAGAACUGUAAACCUUUUCUAACCGGAAUAAUUACUUUUCAAUUCUAUCAAAAGAGGCCUGAAAAUAGACUGAACCUCUUUGUCCCUAACACAAAUAGAAC